GGCCGCGGAGGCGCCGCGGAAGGAGCAGCCGCCGCCGAGCGAGCCGGCGGCGCGGAGCCGCGACGAGGAUGCCGCACGGGCCGGCCGGCGCCCCCCGCAGCCCGUGACCGCGCGCGCGGGCCCGGCCCCCGCGCCGACCGGACUUUGUCUUCGGGCCCGCUCGGCCCCGCCUGGCUUCCGGCGGCCCGCGGAGGAGCGGCGCGCCUCUGCCCCGGGCCCCUCGCCAUGUCCAAGAUGCCGGCCAAGAAGAAGAGCUGCUUCCAGAUCACCAGUGUCACCACGGCCCAGGUGGCCACCAGCAUCACCGAGGACACCGAGAGCCUGGACGACCCGGACGAGUCGCGCACGGAGGACGUCUCCUCCGAGAUCUUCGACGUUUCCCGGGCCACGGAUUACGGCCCCGAGGAGGUGUGCGAGCGCAGCUCCUCCGAAGAGACGCUCAACAAUGUCGGGGAGGCCGAGACCCCCGGGACCGUCUCCCCGAACCUCCUCCUGGACGGGCAGCUGGCGGCCGCCGCGGCUGCGCCCGCCAACGGAGGAGGAGCCGGCCCGGCCCGCGGCGUGGCCGGGGCGCCGGCCCAUCCCCCGGCGGCGGCUGCCCCUACGGCCCCCGGCGCGCCCCCGGCGGCGGGCUCCUCCGCCGCGCCCGGGCCCGCGGCCCCCGCGCCGCCCCCCGCCGCGUGCAGCUCCCGUUUCCGCGUGAUCAAGCUGGACCACGGCAGCGGGGAGCCGUACCGGCGCGGCCGGUGGACGUGCAUGGAGUACUACGAGCGCGACUCGGACAGCAGCGUCCUGACCCGCUCCGGGGACUGCAUUCGGCACAGCAGUACUUUCGAGCAGACCGCGGAGCGGGACAGCGGCCUGGGCGCCACCGGAGGCUCGGUGGUGGUGGUGGUGGCCUCCAUGCAGGGGGCGCACGGGCCCGACUCGGGAACUGACAGCUCGCUGACUGCUGUGUCACAGCUGCCCCCGUCGGAGAGGAUGGGCCAGCCCGCCGCGGCCCCGCCGCAGAGCUUUGGCGUGGGGCAGCCGCCGCCGCCCGUAGGUGGGGCUGUGGCUCCGGGCUCGGCUCCGCCGCCGCCGUUCCCGGGCGCCGCGGCCGGGCCGCCGCCGCUGAUGGCCGCCCUGCAGCCCAGCCAGCUCCAGGGCAGCGGGCCCGCCGUCGGCCCUCCGGGGCCCGGGGGCCAGGCGCUGCCGCUGCCGCCUGUCGCCCUGGCGCAACCCGGCCUGGCGGUCGGCGCUCCUGCCCCGCAGCCGCCGCCGCCCUUCGCGUACCCCCAGCCUCAGCUGCCGCCGCCGCACCUGCUGCCCGGCGCGCCCUCCGGCCAGAGUGAGUACCUGCAGCAGCACGUGGUCGGCCUGCAGCCGCCCAGCCCCGCGCAGCCCUCGGCCGCCGGCGCCAGCCCCGCCGCGGCGGCCAGCCUUCCCGUGGGCCCGGGCCAGAGUGCCGCCUCGGCCGGCGCGCAGGUGAUGGGCGCGCCCACCCUGCCCGGGGACGCCGUGGCCCCGGGGCCGGGACCCUCGCAGGGCGGCCAGGCCGCGCCGGGCCAGCCGGCCGGAGGACCCCCCGCUGCCGUGGGAGGCGCGGGGCCGCCCCUGUCCGUCCCGCAGCCGCAGAUGGUCGGCGGCGGGGUGCCGCCAGCCGGGCCCAGUGGCCCUCUCGCCGUGGUGCCCGGAGUUCCAAACGUGCCUGCAGCCGUGCCCGCUCCAAGCGUGCCUAGUGUGUCUACCACCUCUGUUACUAUGCCAAAUGUCCCCGCGCCUCUGGUCCAGUCGCAGCAGCUGAGCAGCCACACGCCAGUCAGCAGGAGCGGCGGCAGCAUCCCGCAUGUGGGGCUGCCCGUGGCGCAGGGCACAGCCAGUGCACCAACGAGUCUACCACAGCCUGACCUAAGCCAGUUUCAGACUCACACCCAGCCUCUAGUGGGGCAGAUUGACGAUACCAGAAGAAAAUCCGAACCCCUACCUCAACCGCCACUUUCCAUCGCUGCUGAAACUAAGCCUGUUGUGAAGCCUCCUGUUGCAGAUGCCCUGGCAAACCCCCUGCAGUUAACACCCAUGAACAGCCUCACCACCUCUGUGUUCAGCAUAGCUAUUCCUGUUGAUGGUGAUGAAGACAGGAAUCCUUCAACUGCUUUCUACCAAGCGUUCCAUUUGAACACGUUUCAGGAAUCAAAGAACCUCUGGGAUAGAUACCAGAAACAUUUAAGUGCAUCUGGGGGAGGUGGUGUAGCCAUUGACAACAAAAUAGAACAAGCAAUGGAUCUGGUGAAAAGCCAUUUGAUGUAUGCAGUAAGAGAAGAAGUGGAAGUUCUAAAGGAACAAAUAAAAGAAUUAGUUGAAAGAAACUCUUUACUUGAACGAGAAAAUGCACUGUUAAAAUCUCUUUCAAACAGUGAUCAGUUAUCCCAACUCCCAGCCCAACAGGCCAAUCCUGGUAGCACUUCUCAACAGCAAGCAGUGAUAGCACAGCCUCCACAGCCAGCGCAACCUCCACAGCAGCCGAAUGUCUCCUCAGCAUAAAGCUUUCUUGCCUCAUUAAGACAAAACUGAAAGCAAUCUAUCCUUGUGUGCCACUGGUGUUCUUUCCACUUUAUAUGAAAGCAAGUAGCCAUGCUUUGGUUGUGUGUUUGGCCUUUUCAGUAUUAGACAAUCAUUCUACAAGAGCUUUUCCUCUCUUUGAGAUGUUAUGCAGCGCUGUUGAUGUCCAGUUCUAUGUCAUCAGUACACAAGGAGAAUAAUAGAUGGGGUUUGUUAAAGCGAGCAAAGUCUGCAUUUUACCUGGUGCGCAUGAGUGGGGUCUUUGAAGAGCUUUGGUGGCUCUCCCGUGUUUCCCAUUAUCCCUGGAUUUACCCUGAGCCUUCCUAUCACAUUAUAAAUAACAGUUCAUCUAAAGAGCCACUUUUCUUUCAAUAUCAGUAACAUUUGCCUACAUAAGUUUUCAUUUAUUUGUGUUUUAUUUAUUACAGGGCUGCUAUUUUCAUAAUGUACAUGAACAAUGUCACAGAACUUUUUAGAUUUUUUUGAAUAAUUAUAAGUAUCAGUAAAGGAAUUGAAAGACAGGAUUACAUUUAAUAGAUAAAACGUUUAGGCAAUAAUUGAACAAAAGAAUCCUGGCAUAUUUCUAACACUAAUGGCAAUUUACCUUUGGUAUUUAUUUUCAGUAGUAAAGACCCAGCUUGAAUGUAAAUUUUGUAUAGUGUAAGUAUGAAGAACAUAGUGCAACUGUACAGGUAGUCACCAGUUAUUGUGAUAUAAUAAAUAAUUGGGCUAUUUUGAUGAAGAAAACUUUGUUCAUUUGUUUCUACUUUCUAAUAGAGAAAUUGCCACGAUUCCUCUGCUUUUCAACAUUUCGUAUGACUUUUUUUUUUUUCGGGUGGGAAUAAAAAGCUGUGAAAUUGUUCAACCUACUUUGUAACCAAAGAAGCAAAGCUGUGUAAUGGAGUUUUUUUUUUUUUAUAAUGCACAUUCUUUAUGUAUUUUUAUUUAGUGUUUUCUCGGUCACAAUUUUCUUUGCUGUCUAGCAUGAUCUGCAUGACCUAUAAUCUUUGAACCACUUUCGUACCUCAUGUUUUUAUCCAGCACUCUUAUUGUAAUACGUACUAGUCUGUGAACAACGUCGAAUAAAAAGAACGAGCAGGUAGUAUGGUGGAGCUGCGCUAGUGUGCUAUGCGCUAGUUGUAAAAAAAAAAAAAAAAAUGAAGUGAGCCAUCUUUUGUUCAUUUAAAAUGGUGUUUUGAAUUUCGUAUGCAGAAAACGUUUUGUUACAUUGCAGAUUUUAAUGUAUUUAAUAAAUGCAACAUGCAGAUUAAGUGCAGUGUAUACUGAGUAUUUAAAUUAAAAUGUACAUUUCAUAAAUACAGUUUCAGGAGAGAGCAUCAUUUUGUGUAUACUAACACAUUAAGUGUAUGUCAGAAAUUGAUGUAUAAAUAUAUAUUUUAACACAUUUUCUGAAAUUAAACUGCAGUUUUGUUGAAAUAUUUGGCUCUAUAUGUGUUCAAAAUUUAAUUUGAUUAGAUUUGUAUUUUCACAGUUCAAAAUAUUCCUUAAAGAAAACCUGUGUUAUUAAUGACUUAAUGAUAGUGCUUAAAUUUUCAAAGUAAAAUAAUUUAAAGAAUGCAAGAAUGGAAAGCAAUAUUUGUACUCAAUAUUCGUGUUAUGUCAAUGACAUUUAAGUAGGAAAUCCUUGUCUACCAAAACUUUUACUUGAAUUCAGAAAGGUGCCUGUAGAAAUUAACAUGCACUGUAUCUAUAGCCAGCUAACUAAUCAGGAGUUUUAAUGAGAACCAGUAGUUCUCUGUGUUAAAAGAGGAUAAAGAAGUGUUCUGUAUCUAUUUAAAAUAAAAACUUAAUCGGAUUAGCCACAAACUAAAUGCAUAAAAUUGGGGUGGAUGUGGGAUUACCAAAUAUGUUAUAUUCUAGUUGUGCUGCAGGAUAUAUUGUUCAAUAUAAACAAAAUUUUAAUGUUAGUGAACAACAUUAGAAAUAACUAAAGGAACUGAGUCCAUAGGCUUGAAGAAGCAACCCUAAGAUAUAGAGUAAGAUUUUAAGUAGAACCACCACAGCUGAGAUAGAAAGUGAACCUUCCGUGUUGGAAUGUCAACCACAAGGCUCACCAGUGUCUCCCUCAAGUGCAAACAGUAUGAUAUUUAACACAGGUGGCGAAAAACUGUUAGAAAAGGUUGGGAUUUUUGUAAAAUAUAAAUUUUGGUUCUGGGGAUAGAAAAACACUUUAUAAACAUAAAAGUAAUAGUCACAAAAGAAAUGACUAAUGUUAGUUAAAAAUGGCAGUUAAAAACAAUUAUUACAUUUUUAAAAAAGGAAAAACAGAAGAAAUAGAGAAUUCACAGAAGAAAUAAAUGGCAGUUUCUAAAGGUCCAACCUCUAGUAACGUAAGAAUUGGAAGUUAAUAUUUGUAGCAAAAUGUUGUGUCUUUUAAAUAGCAGGACCUAAUAUAGAAAGGCAAGCUUUCCUGUGUACUUUUAGAAAGUAAUUUGGCAAUAUGUAUCAAGAGCCUUAAAUAUUAAUAACUUUUCAGUUUAAUGACAUAAGAUGCUCAACUCAUGGUGCAGCGUCAAAAAAUGCAAAAUUACAAUAGUGCCUGUCCUCUGCUCUCCCAUCGCCCUUCCUUCCCAUGGCACCCAACCUCUACCCAGAGACACCCCCAAAAUAGCUGUGAAAGGAAACCUCUACAUCCAAACCUACUCCUGUGGGGCACACCCCAUCUCUAAAGUCAGGAGCAAAUUUAAGGGUAAGAAAGCUGUUGUGCUAAAUUUUUAGCAUCAGAUAUUACUGUAUUUGGAAACAACAUGAAGCGUUUCCCCAUUUGAUUGGUUUGUUUAGGAUCUUAAGUAAGUUUCAGCUUUACCUCAGAGAUUUAGGGUCUCCUGCUCCACAUAGCUGGAAUGUUAGUUUAUUGAGAUGCUAAUUUUUGGACACAGUCUUAAACGAAUGCCAUCUCUAAUUGUCUCACUGCAACCUCCGUAGACCAAGAUGCCACGUAAGUUUUCUGUUGGUUUACUUUAGCCAACCAGAAAAUCAUAGGUAGAAAAAUUUGUUUGUGAUAAUGGCAAUGUGUCUGCAAUACAAACGUAGCUUUCCCCAAAGAAAGUUCAUUUUAGGUAGUUACAGUGAGAUUUUACAGCUUGCUACACUGCUCCCCCAGCCCCAAGAAAAGGCUGUGAGAUAUUAAGUAUGCAGUUACUUUAACUCAUAAUUGUAUGUCCAAAAUAGCUAGAUAUAUCCUAUUUCAUUUCCUGUUCUCUGAGCUAAAUACAAGUGCUGAGGUAAGAAUGCUGUAUCAUCAAGCCCCCAGUGAUGGAUAAUCAGAACUGCCACUAAUCACAAAGAAUUGUCGCAGGUCAGAGAUGAUGGUAUAUCUGCCAAGUUCAGAAUUCUGGUCACUCCUGGGCCUUUAAAAAAGAGGGAUGGUGGGAGAGUGCUUAAGAUUAAGCCAAAAUACUUGUUCUUCAUGGAAACUUAGCUUUGUAGAACCAGAAAUAAAAUAGUUAAUUUUCUGGAAACAAUUUUUAAGAUAAUCUGAAGUCAUAUGUUUUUUAAUAGGAAGCUUCAGAGCUCAGUAGCAGGUACUUUGUGACAUGACUCUCUUCUCUUCAAUAAUCUUAAAAGGACAAAGCCCAGCCCUCAUGACUGACAGUCUCAUUGAGGAUAUAGACAAAUCAACAGACAGAUAGAAUGCAACAAUAAAGACUUGUCAUUGUAGAGAGUCAAGGAUGGCUUUGUCAGGGAAGGUUUCCUCUAGGAGGUGACACCUGAGUCUCGAAGGUCACAAGAGUAAGAAAACUGCUCAAAGGCUGAAGGGAGGGCAUGUACAGCUAUAGCUACAGAUUGGCCUCAAAGGAGGCAGGCAGGCAGGGCCUCGGCCACCUUAGGGGUUUGGCUUCUAUUCAGAAAGCAAGAAUGAUUUAUUGAAUGAUUUUAAGCAGUGGGUUUGUGAUCAGAUUUGCAUUUUAGAAAAAUUCAUCAUUCCAGUGGCAGAUAGGAGGUAGAUUGAGGGGCUGAAACUGGAAGCUGAGAAAUAAUUUAGGAGGGACAAAAAGAAUCCAGAAAAGAAAUGCUGACUAGGCAGAAUUACACAGGCAUUCUUGUGUCGCUCGUGAAGGGAGUCUGUCUUGGGUCUUUGUAUGCCGUGUUCCCCUCCAAGAUGAGCACUCCAUUCCCAACACCAGGUGCCUCUUCUUUCUUGCUCCAAGGAGAGAUCAGAGAGCCCCACUCUUAGAAAGUUUGAGUCAGACUUUUCCUCCCAACAGCUGUAUAUCUCUAUGAAAUGAAAGUCUGUUUCCUUUUUUAAAAAUUUUAGAAUUUAGCAAAAAGGUGGCGGGGAAAGGAUGGAAGAGCCUUGGUUGUCACUUCAUGCCUUGUGUAAAUUCAGCCCUAAAGGUAAACUAAAUUUCGUCCUUUUAUGGUGACUGGGAUCAGAAGCAGAGUCCAAAGCCUGUCCCUCAGAGCUAUCCCUUCCUCCACAGAAAGGAUAACAGGGGCUCUGGCCCCACUGCAGACACCCACAGCCCCAGUCAGAAUACGUUUUGCUAGGCUUCAACCCUUUGUUCUGCGACACACUUCAACUCAGAAGUCUUCUUUCUUCCCUCGAAGUCCCCGGUCUAAGCAAAUCUGGAUCUUUUCUCUCACCUCCUCCUGCCCAAGCCUAGUAACCCAUGUUUCUAUUUUCUAGCAUUGAUAAAAGCUUAUUAUUUCGUCAUGUAUAUUUGCAGCCUAUUGACCCUUUUCAACAUUCCAGAAUGCAUCCCUGUUUCAUAUAUUUCUGUAGCAAGUCACAGAAUUUCUAUAGCAAGAUCUGUUCUUUGAAUGCAUGUAUUCCCUUCGUCAGGGGAGGGAUUACUGUACAAGUGCUUUAUAAUGAUGUCCUUAGUGGGCUGCAACUGGUAUGACAUGCUGUGUUCACAGAUGAAAAACGCUAACUGAAGCACUAUACAAAGCUAGGUAAAGGUCGUAGCCAUCCUUUCUCUUUUUUUAACAGAGUCAUCGUAAAUAAAAAUGGCAGCCUUUUAGGAUUGAUAAUGGUAAAGUCAGAAGCUGGUAUUUUGCACUGGCACAGUCCACUUGGUCACAGAAUUUGUUCAACAGACGUGGAUAGUGAGUUAGCUUUAUUUUUCCUUCUUCUCACCAGGGAAACAGGUAGAUCAGGCAGUUUGGGGAAUUUUCCCAUGGUCUGAUGUCAUGAGCGGAGCUAGAAAGCAGAGCAUCUGAGUUUCUGGACUAAGACAUUAGCCACAGAAGCCAAAAUUAGCCCUUUGAAAGAGGCAAAGGAAAGGUGUACGAACUUAGAGCAUAAGAAUCACUGAAUUGUAAAACAAGGCAAACGCCACACUUCUUUCCCAUUAAAAAAAAGUUGAGCUUACCUUUUCAUUUCAUUCUUUUGCAUGCCUGAGAUAUUUCUAGAUAAGAACUGUAAAGUAUUCUUGCCCACUGCAAUCCAAAAUGUUUUGCCGAUCACAGUUCUUGCUGUCAUUUCACAGGCAAGCAACAUAUCUGUAAGUAGAUUGUACCUGAGGAAGCCCAUGGCCGGCAAGGGAAUAUUUCCCCACACUUGGGCAUGAAAUAAUACCAGGUCAGUGUCUAAUUCUAAUCAUCCUACUAAAAAAUAUAUAAUUUAAUCAGAUGGCCGAGUGACAGAAAAAGAUAAAUAUGUAUAACUUUGUAAAGCCCCUAAAGUGAAGGUUUUGUUUUUGAGAAGUUCGGGUUUUAUCUUGUUAUUUUAUAGAAACACUGUUGAAAUGCAAUUCAGUUCUAUUUCGAUUCAGGUGCUGCUCCCUGUCCUACAUGUUUGGGGAUAGAGAAAUAAAUGGGACAUGAUUUGUGCACUCCGAGAGCUCAUAGUCGACGUAAAAGUCAAAGCUAAUGUGCCACAUUGUUUAUUUAAAAUGAAUGUCAUCAUUUGGGGGCCUCAUGUCAGUUGUUGAAUGAAAGGUUCAUGUAAACCAACAGUCAUGUUGCCAUGCCACGCAAAACCCUUUGACAUUGCCAGGAAACAAAUUUAAAUCACCAAAAAGCUUUAACAUCAAAUAAUUCUUUUUUAGAAAGAGGGGACCUGGUGAGAAGCCGCCUGUCUCUACAUUGAGCCUAUUGAGGUGUCCCCUAAAAAGGAGGGGCUGAUCUCAGAGAGAAUGGACACAUUUUCCUAGUACACAUUGUAGGUAAAGAAACUGAGUUAAAUCAAACGGCUAGAAUAGGAUUUGUGCAUCAUGAAUUAGAUCACCUAGUGUCUCGUAAGCAACACACUCACUUCCUUGGCUGACAAAAAUCAGCUACCAUUCAGUGACCCAAGUUAAGAAUAACUCAGGUGCCUGGUGCCAAAAAUAAAUUCUGAUAAAACUGAGAAUCCAGAAACAAACACAAGUAUAUAUUGAAUAAAUGAUAAAUGUGACAUUUCAAAUCAGUAGGGGAAGAAUGGAUUAUUCAACAAAUAGUAUUGAGACAAUGUAACCACUUGGGAAAAAAAUAAAUUUAGAUCUCUAACUCAGCAAAGUUAAUUCCAGCUAGACUAGCAGUGAGUCUUAGGAGUUCUGGUCACAUAUUCCUUUUAGAAAUUCCCCUGUGAAAAUGCACAUGAGCAAAAAGGUUUACAAAUAGGUUACGAAGGGCUGCCCAACCUCAGCAAAAUAAGGGAAAUGCACAUUAAAACACAAGAAACUAGCUCAGAUCCAGUUGGCAAAUAUUUGAAGUAUAUGUAAAUCAAGAGCUGGCAAGGAUGAGGGAAAAUCCUACGUUGUUGGUGAGUGUAUAAAUUGGCACAGCCACUUUUGAAGGCAAUUGAGUGGUAUCCAUUAAAAUUUAAAAUUCACAUGCCCUGUGACCCAACAAUUCCAGUUUUUAAUAAAACACACUCUAUAUACCUGUGUUCACAAGGUGGCUUGUACAAUGAUAUCAAUUGCAUCUUUGUUUAUAAUAGUAUAAAAUUGGAAAAACCAAAAUACCAAGAAGAUGGAGCAUGGUAUACAUUAUAAAAUACUAGCCAUCAGUGAAAAAGAAUGAGUCCUACAUGUGCUGACAUGGAAAGAUCUCUAAAAUACAAUGUUCAGUUUUUUUAAAGUUUGGGGAAAAAUUGAAGGACAGUACAUGUCAUACAUAUGAUAGCAUUGAUGUGGAAGCACAUGCCACACACAUUCACACACACUGUAUAGUGUACCGCUUACGCACCUGCUUGUGUAUUACACGGAUGUAGAGGGACGGUCUGAAAGGAUAUUAACCAAACUGUUAACAGUAGUUUGGUGGAGUGCAUCAGCUUUAACUGUAAUGUUUGAUGUUUUUGAGUAUGCAUUCAUGUAUUGUUUGUGUAAUGACAAAUUAAUAAAUCAGAAAUAAAAUAAAAUAGAAGGUG